AUGGAUCAGAUCAAAACUAAGUCGCCCAGCGACUUAGGUCAUGUUACGCAUAUAACAGACAACAACAGCUCUCAUUCCGAUAACUUUACCAUCGAAAAGAAGUUCAACCAGAGCAAGCGGUUUUGGGCUAUUAUGGCUACUCUUUCGGUUACCGGCAUCCUUAGCGCCCUCGAGAAUACGGUCGUAACCACUGCGCUACCUUUCAUUACUCAACACUUGGAUCUAGGGGACAACUACGUCUGGGUGACGAACGUGUUCUUCCUGGCAGGCGCCGCCGUCCAACCCCUUUUCGGGCAGUUGGCCAAUAUCUUCGGACGUAGAUGGGUCACCAUGGCCAUUGUCUUCUUUUUCACUCUCGGGAGCGGAAUCUGUGGUGGUGCUACCAAUGGCGCCAUGUUAAUUGCUGGUCGCGCGGUUCAGGGAAUCGGCGCCGGUGGUAUCAAUAUCAUCAUCGAUAUUAUUGUGUCUGAUUUGGUACCUCUUCGAGAGCGAGGAAACUAUAUGGCUAUAGUUCUUCUCGUGUAUACCGUUGGAACAGCGUUAGGCCCGUGGGUUGGCGGUGAAAUUGUAGCCCAUACUACCUGGCGAUGGGUAUUCUGGAUCAAUCUUCCUGUUGGUGGUACCGCGAUGAUUAUGAUUUUCUUUUUCCUCCAAGUUCGGUAUAAUAAGGAGAUGUCAUUUCUUCAGAAAAUAAAACGCAUCGACUUCGGCGGAAACUUAAUAUUAGUUGGCGCAACGGUCUCUAUCCUCUAUUCACUUACCUAUGGUGGUACUAAGUAUAGUUGGUCCUCUGUCAAUGUUGUGACACCCCUAAUUAUAGGAUUUAUUGGUCUUGGGGGUUUUAUGUGGUUUGAGUCCACCAAAUGGGCGAAAGAACCUGUUGUACCACCGCGUCUAUUCGCAAACCGAACCUCCUGCGUAAUUUUCGGCAUCACAUUCCUCAACUCAGCACUAUUAUAUUGGGUUCUAUUCUUCCUCCCUGUAUACUUUCAGACCGUUCUUGGUAGCUCCGCAGCGAGAGCCGGAGUACAGAUCCUUCCCUCGGUUCUUAUUGCAAUCCCAGGAGCAAUCGCGGCAGUACUUCUUCUAGCUAAGUUUGGGAAGUACAAGCCGCUUCAUAUGAUCGGCUUCGCUAUCUGUACCAUUGGCUUGGGGCUCUUUACCCUCUUUAGCCCGAAUACUACGACAGCCGAGUGGAUCAUAUUCCAGGCUAUUACUGCAGCCGGUUCAGGCUUCGUAUUAAAUACUCUGCUACCCUCAGUCCAAGCACAUUUCGAAGAAAAAGACCAAGCAGCGACCACUGCUGCUUGGUCGUUCAUGCGUGCCUUUGGUAGCAUUUGGGGCGUUGCUAUCCCUGCUGCUAUAUUCAACAACCGCUUUUCUCAACUAAACAGUGCCAUUACAAAUCCGCAGGCUCGUGCAAUGUUCGAGGGUGGCGGUGUUGCUUACGAACGCGCUCAGGCAGAGCUUAUAUGGUCUUUCUCCUCGCCCACACGGGAAGAGAUCGUCAGUGUAUACAGCCACAGUUUACAGCGAGUAUGGCAGAUUUCGAUUGUCUUUUCAGGGUUAUCUUUUUUACUCGUGUUUCUUGAGAAACAAGUCAAGCUACGCAGUAGCCUCGAAACUGAGUUUGGCAUAGAGGAAAAUGAAAAGAAGCAUGGCAUUGAAGUGGGUAAAAUGUAA